AUGCCUCUCUCUUCCGAACCUGAAGUCCUCCAGACAAGCAAUGGUCUCGUGAACGCCCUCCGAGGCGCAGCUGGCGAUGCCCCCCACAGCUUCAGACCAGCGCACGCAAAAGGACAUCUCCUUACUGGCUCCUUCACCCCCUCCUUGGGAGCCGCCAACCUCACAAGCGCAUCACACUUCAACGCCACCUCCACACCCAUAACCGUCCGCUUCUCCUCCUCAACCGGCCUCCCGCACAUCCCAGAUACAGACCCGAACGGCAAUCCACGUGGUUUUGCCAUUCGCUUCCACCUGCCUGAUGUCAACGGCAAGCGAGCUCACACCGACAUCGUCGCGCAUUCAACAGAGUACUUCCCUACCCGUACGGGAGCCGAGUUCCUAGAGUUUUUAAAAGCAGCGGGUGGACCAAACGCCGCGGAGGCAGUCCCUGAGUUUCUAGGCCGUCAUGCAGAGACGCUGCGGUUUCUGCAGGAUCCAAAACCCAGUCCUGUGUCGUUUGCCACGGAGAAGUUCUUCGGUGUGAAUGCGUUCAAGUUUGUCAAGGGGAGUAAAGUUACGACGCUGCGGUAUCGAAUUGUGCCUGUUGCUGGGGAGCAGCAUCUCGGCGCUGAAGAAGUUCAGGCCAAGUCAGAGACUUAUCUGUUCGACGAGUUCCCCACGCGCUUGGAGUCUGGACCCAUCGAUUUCAAGCUCCUCGCGCAGAUCGCUGAAGAAGGCGAUGUUACUAACAACGCGACGGAGAUCUGGCCCGAGGAGAGGAAGAUUGUUGAGCUAGGUACUGUCAAGAUUGAAAAGACACUCAGUGAUGAAGAGAGUCUGAAGCAGCAGAAGCACAUCAUCUUCGAUCCGAUUCCGAGGGUCGAUGGUCUGGAGCCCAGUGAUGACCCGCUAUUGGACGUUCGCGCUACUGUUUACUUGAUCUCGGGGAAGCAGAGGAGAGAGACCAAGCAUGCUCCUUCUGCGGAUGAUAGUGCCCCCACAGAGGCUGCUAAGGCUGCCACUUAGGCGCUGUGGUGGAAUUGGAGCGUCUCAUUCAGUAGAGCACUGCUAUUGUACAGCCUUAUGAAGGUUCGGCUUCCGGGCCCUGUAAGAUAGAAGCGGAAGCUUACCUUCAUCAAGCUAGCUUAUAAUAUAUAGAAUUCCGCUCUAUUGCUUACUAUAAGC